CAGUGUUAGGUGUGUCGUGGUGCACCUUGCGCAUAUUCCCCAUUUGGCUUCCUCGGACGUCGCCUUUUUAUCACGAUGCGUCAGAUUUUUCCUCCUCAAAUCAAAUAUAUAACUCUAAUCAGUCCACGUUUAACGAUAUAGUCGAUAGGUCGCACUUCUCCAGUCCGCAACAUGCGUGCUUUCAUCCUUUUGUGCUUUCUCGCCCUGGCUGUCCAGCAAGGUCGGGCUUUGCAGUGCUAUUCCUGCGCCUCGGCAAACGACGCCCAGAACUGCGCAGAUCCAUUCAACGCAACCAAUGUUCCAUUUUGCGCCUUAGAAAGCGGCGUCACAUGCAUGAAGACAAUUAUUACCAUUGAUGACGGAGAGGGCAACAUGAAAAAAGUAGUUGCCAGAUCGUGCGCCCCUAUGUUGGUAGACGAUCCUUGCAGCCUUUUCGCAGGAGAACAGGCCAAUUUUGCGAAGCUUGAGCACUGCUCCACUUGCAACAGCACAGAUUUCUGCAACAGCGGUCCAAAGUCGGCGGCCGUUUCCGCUGUCGGUCUGGCCAGCGUUGUCAUGCUUGCUUUGAAAAAUUCACUUUAAAUUAAGCACAAGGUCAAAUUCAAGAAAUCUCAAAUACUUCAAAUUCCGGAAGCUUAAGUCAUUUCAUUGUUUCAUGUGAAAUAAUAAAAAGUAUUUUUAAAA